AUUUCGCUGCUAUAGUUACAAAUUAUGACAAUUUGCAAUUUCCUUUCUUUAUAGUCGACUUUGAGAGAGAAGGUUUUGAAAUUCAUAAGGAUAACAUAGUAGUUGUAACAGAGACAGUGUAUGAACUUAAUCAUAUAUUAACUUUAGCAUAUAGUUUAUUGGAAGAAAAGCUACCAAAUGAAGCUGUAAAGUCAAGAGAUUGUGAUACCAAAUAUACACCACUCACAAAAAGGCUGUGA